UUCUGUCGUGUGUGUUUUGGGGAAAUGUCUAGGCAGGGCUCAGACACGGGCUGGAUAACCUCCCGGGAUAACUUCCUGGACAACUUUUAUAUGGUUCGCCCUCGGCGCGGAGGGUAUGGAAGAUUGUGCAUGUGUUUUCUUUUUGAGAAGCUUGCCUCCUUUCUUGCUGAGUGUGAGGGAGAAAAUAUGACUUCCUUCAAUGUAAUUUUAGGCUAGAGUGCAUAGCUUAGUCUGUAAAAGAUCAAGCGUGGAAAAGGAGAACAACAAUACUGACCUCUGUCUGGAGUGAAGGAAGGUAUUUGACAGAUAGGAUGAGAAUAGAACAUGGUUUGCUGCAAGUCUUUUUACAGUGUCGGCUAAUAUAUGGCUUGUUACUCGUAGCUUAGAUUUAUUAUGAUCAGGUGACAGACCUCAAAAAGACAUUUUGCAAGUGUUUCUGGAAAAUAGUACAGUGCUACCACUACAGCUGGUCCAAGAUGCAGACUGAUUAUAAUUGAUCUAGCUUUCUGAUGCAUGCUAUGCUGUGGAAAGCAAGCUUCAUCUCUCAGCUCAUGUUGCAAGAAAAAGAGAUAGAGAAGUUUAAAAAGGAUAUGGGGGGGGGGAAGGAUCAAAGAACAGGAAAGGAACAUCCCACCGCUGUUCCACAGCGGUGGUAACAGAAUUGUAUGGGACUUCCAAGCUCAGAAGAUUUUGUGAGUGAAGGGGGGAGUGAGUGUAUUUUGCAACGUAAACGUUCUUAAGGGGAAUGAAUAAGUUCAGAGGUCCAAUAUGACACUUCCAUAAUUUGUCUUGAGUGACGACUCCUUUCUUAAAAUCUUUGAGAAGAUGAACUGAUUUGGCAUUGGUUUUGGAUUUAUUGCAUAGCAAAAAAAAAAAAAACCCAAGUAACUAGCAAGGCUAAUCUUAUGAGCUGGAGAUAUAAUAGCUUCUGUACAGAGCAUUGAAUAUUAAGGCUCUCCAUUACCAACUAGAGAAUAACUGGGUGGCAUGGCCAUUCCUACCAGCAGUGACUCAGGGCAAAACAAAGAAAAGACUUUCAGAUUUCUCAGUGCUUUAUCAAAAAAAUAAUUGAAAUACAAUCUUUUGUAUUAAUGGUUGUGGUCAUUUUCAUUAUUUGCAAGCCUUUUUGUAAUCCAAGAGGCCCCUCAGGAUGGAAGAAGGAAGUACUAUGAUUGCUACAGGACUUAAGAAUUUUCAGAUGCAUAACAUGUAUUAUUGUCUGUGACUAUCAGCUGAGACUGUCCUUGCAGUCCAUAUGGCACUAGGGUCUAGCUGCUGUGAAUUUGUCAUUUUGUUGUAGGGGAUAUUACUUUCCAGCUAUGUAGGUGCCAUCUUUUAGAAACAUUUUUUUUGUAAGACUGUUUGUGCUACUAACUACUUAUGUUACUUAAACUUACUUAUAGUGAAUGGAUAAAGAAGAACUGGGUUUUUUUCUGUCUUCAGUUUUAUUUAAUGUAUUUGACUUAGUUUUUUCCUAUUUUCCUGGGUCACCAUGGGGAGAAGACAUAGGGCAAAAAUCACUGAAUAAACUAGAGAACUGAGCAAAUGUAAUACUUGAAGUUAUAUUUGACUCCUUUUUACAAUGGAUUAGAUUUCUAAUUGAUGUUCCUUUUUAAAAUCAGUUUUACAAGCAUUCAGUGUGUAAUUUUUUUAAUCUACUCUUUUUCACUGAAGGUGGAGACACGCUACAGUAACUACAGUGAGAUACCUCUGGAUAUUAAUUUUGUUUUUCAGUUAAUUGCAAGCCUGAUAAUUGCCUUACUGAACCUGAAUCUUUCAGCUUUACUGUUAUGGCUCUGGCUGCUACAUUGCUGAGCAGUGCUUUCAUACGCGGUAGAUGCUGCAGGCACAAAGUCUUGCAUCCUUUUCUUGGACCUCUCCUCAUUGAGUCCGUGUCAAAAUCGUAUAGCAGCUACAGGAGGCCAGGAUCACAGCCUGAAAAAACACCAUCUUGGCAAAAGAUUGAUUUCAGUUUUAAGAAGGGAAUAGAUGUCUUAAAGACUCAACUAGGACUGCUGAAGAAGGAGAGCAAAGAUCACUUAAUCGGACCUGAAGGCCGUCCACUCAAUGAGUACAUCUUAGAACAGACAAGGGUUGUGUGGGUAUUUCGGAGCCAAGAAGAUUUAAAUAAAUGGGUAAUUUCCUCUGAUGUAGAGAUUGGAGGGAAAAGUGAGGUCUACCUAAAACUGGGUAGGAAUAACCAGGCUGCUCUGCUAUAUGGGACCCUCAAUACUGAAGUACCUCGUGACGGGGAGACAAAAUACAGUGGAUACUGUAGUAUGAGAUCCAAACCACCAGUGGGAUCUUUUGCUAAGAAGAAAUACUAUGACUGGUCAAACUUCAAUAGUCUGUAUUUACGUGUCCGUGGUGAUGGCAGACCUUGGAUGGUAAACAUUUAUACAGACCCCUACUUCUCUCAUCAAAAAGAUGAUCUGUACAACUACUUCAUGUUCACCAGAGGAGGGCCAUACUGGGAGGAAAUAAAGAUUCCAUUCUCCAAGUUCUUUCUCUCCAGUCGGGGAAGAAUCCAGGAUGACCAGCAUCCUCUCUGGUUAGACAAGAUUAGUACCCUUGGAUUCACACUGGGAGAUAAAGUAGAUGGACCAUUCCAGUUGGAGAUCGAUUUUAUUGGCCUGAUCAAUGACAGAGCUCACACAGAAGAAUUUGCAUAUGAGAAAUAUGAAAGGAAUCCUCAAGUCUAAGAUGGUCUUGGUGUCCUUUGGAAUAUACUUCAGCAGCUUAUUAGUUUUUUUUGUAACUCUCCUUAAAGUGUGGUUCAUAACAAUUUGAAGAUUAUGUAAAUACUAAAAAGUUAAACGCAUGAAGUGUUGUCUGUAGUAAUCUGACUGCUAGCAUCUUCUAGCUGUCAAAAUGCAGAAUCCUAGACAGACUUACGUACAUGGACUGGAAUGGAACAUGGCCUGAGGCAAGUUGUGAUACAUAUUUACAAAGUAGUAACUGCUGACUGUAAAAUAGGGCUUCUAUCCUGACCGUUACAGGAAAUAAAGACAAUUUGCGAGUG